AUGUACCUCAUUCCGGGCGGCCCGGCCGGCAAGAUGAGCUUCAUCGACACGCUGUACAACGUGACUUCAGCCACAUGCCUGACGGGAAUGAUCAGCGUUGACGUUAACAUGUUUUCUGACGGAGGUAACGUUUUCCGUUUGCUGCUGAUGAUAAUCGGCAGUCAGAUCACGACGUCGCUCGUUCCCGUCUACGUCCGUCGCUUCUUCUUCCACCGCUACCUCUACCGCGAGGGGUACGUCACGCGCGGCGGCCGGCGGAGCGAACCCGUGGUAACAGUGCGCAGCGGUGAGGCAGGCGCGGUGGAUGGGAUGAUCGGGGAAGGCGAGGUUAGCGGGGAGGGCCUCGGGGUGUUGGAGGAGGAGCAUCGCGUGUCCGAGGACGACAAGGCCGCUGACGCUCGCGAUAAUGCUCCAUUGGGCAGUAAGGCCGAGGGGUCAGGUGCGGUGGCGGCGGGUAGUGGUAAGGUGACCCACGUUCAGAGCGACCCGGCUAGGGUGUCUCCGCUUGGGUCUAACAGCGCGAGCAGAGGGAGGGACGGAGCUCUCGUGAUUCCCGUUAAUGAUGCUCCAGCGGGGUCCGACGUGGACGCCACGCGGCAAGAUUCCAGCCAGAAUGGCCCGAGAUCUGCUCGCGCUGACGUGGACGCGCUGCGGCUGGACAGCAGUCAGCACGGGCCGCGAUCGACGCGGUGGGACGCGCGCAUGUGGGACAGUCCGCGCAACGCGCAGGGGCGGGCGGGGCUGACCCCGCGGAGGGCGUUCGGGCUGGAGGACGCUUUGGAGCGCACGGUGGGGCCGCUGUCGGGGCGGUACCAGGCGGGCGAGGAGAACGCGUGGCACACGUGGUCGGGGGACGCGGCGCGCGCGGAGGGGCAGCGGCUGAAGCUGGCGCUGGAGAUCAUGCGCGUGCAGCAGCAGCAGCGCGACAGCGAGCAGCGCCCGGGGCUGUUCCUCCAGCGCACCCUCUCCUCCAGCACCUGGCGCACCGACGAUGUUGAUGGCGCUAGCGCUGGCGCUGACGCUGAACUGCUGCCCAUUGGCCCAGGCGAACGAAGAUUCCUGGAACUGAGGGCGCUGGAGUUGCUGAGCUGGCUGGUGCCCGUGUACUUUGUGUCAGUGCAGGCGGUGGCCGUGGUGCUCAUGCUCGUGCUCGUGCACGUGUCACCGUCCGUCAGGCAGGUCGUGGACAGCAACGGCGUCAGCCCCAUCUUCUUCUCCGUCUUCCAGGUGGUGUCAUCGUUCAGCAACACGGGGCUGGUGCUGCUCAACAGCAACCUCAUGGACUUCAACAGCAACGUGCCGCUGCUGCUGGGGCUCUCUGCGCUCAUGCUUCUCGGCAACACCCUCUUCGCCCCCACACUGCGCGGCCUGCUGCUGCUGCUGCACCUCGCCUCCAAGGGCGAGCAGAAGGUGGUGUACGAGUAUCUGCUGGAGCAUCCGCGCAAGUGCUACACGCACCUGUUCCCGCGCUCGUCCACGCUGUGGCUCGUGGCAACUGUGGUGGCGUUCAACAGCAUCGAGUUCAUCUUCUUCUGCGUCUUCGACUGGAACUCCACUGCCCUCGAUGGCCUCUCCAGCAGCACGAAGGUGUUGGUGGGGUACUUCCAGUCCAUCUGCACGCGCACCACGGGCUACAAUGUCGUCGUCCUCGCCCUGCUCUCGCCGCCCAUGCUUGUUCUCUACAUCGCCAUGAUGAACGUGGCAGUGUAUCCGGUGUACCUGGCGCGGCAGACAUCGCGGGAGCAGCGCGAGGUGUACGACGACGAGGACAUAGGCGUGUUCUACGAGGACCUGCAGGAGGGCGUGCUGGACCCGGGCGUGCUCACCCAGGGCAAGAAGCUCUUCCUGCAUGACACCGCCCUCAUCUUCUUCGCCAUCUUCCUCGUCUGCAUCAUGGAGAGCUCCAUGAUCACCUCCGACCCCACCAACUUCUCCAUCUUCAACAUCAUCUUUGAGAUCAUGAGUGGCUAUGGCAACGUGGGCUUCUCUCUCGGGUACACCUGUCCAGAAGACGCCCCCCCUGGCUGUGUCUCCCCGCCCUACAGCUUCUCAGGGGUGUGGCGCACGGAGGCGAAGGUGGUGAUGGUGCUGGUGAUGCUGCUGGCGAGGCACCGCGGGCUGCCAGACAACAUCGAUGCCGCCAUUGUCAUCCCCGACCAGAAGCAGUUCCAGUCCGCUGCCAAGACACAUGAUGCAGCCACAGCCGCAGGCACAGGCACAGGUGGGGGAGAGGUUGGGGGGGGAGGGGGGUGA